GACUUUAGAGCUCCUCAAUGAUCGGUUCUUUUGAUAUAAAACACAAGGUUAAGCGUAUUCUACUUUUAGAAACUUAGGUAUUGUAAAGAAGUAAGUUACUAAAAAUAGAACCUGCUCUUUCAAGACUUCUUCAGCUCUGUCACGGAAAACACGUCCUGAUCUCAACUUUUAUUAGGAAGUAUUGAACUCUUGACUCUGAGCUCUGUUUAAUAAUGGCUGCACCCAAGAAAGAGGAAAAUGCCAUUUUCAGGAUACCACCUUACUAUUACAUUCAUGUUUUGGACCAGAACACAAAUGUCACAAAGAUUGAAAUUGGCCCACAAACUUAUAUCAGACAAGACAAUCAGAGGGUCACUUUGGGACCAGAGAAAAUGGUGGUUGUUCCUCCACGUCACUACUGUGUAAUUGAGAACCCAGUUUGCCGUGACAAGGAUAACAAAAUUAUUGUUGAUAAUUUGGGCCAGAUAAAACUACAGCAUGCUGAUCAAGAAAUAAGAUUGACUCAGGAUCCCUUCCCACUGUACCCUGGUGAAGUUUUGAAACAGCCUGUUACUGCUUUAAAAGUUGUGCCAGCAAACUCAGCUUUAAGGAUUCGAGCGAUCCUUGAUUUUGAAGAUGAGAAUGGGGAAAAGAGAACCGCUGGAGAUGAAUGGCUGUUUGAAGGACCAGGUACAUAUAUUCCUCGCAAAGAAUGUGUUGUAGAGGAAACCAUUCGGGCAACUGUGAUUGGUCCCAAUCAAGCCAUUCGUCUACGGGCUCGCAAGGAAUGCACAGACAGGGACAGCAAUGAUAGAGUAACAGGUGAAGAGUGGCUGGUAAAAAAGACUGGCGCCUACUUGCCUGGUGCCUAUGAGGAAGUUGUGGAUGUUGUGAAUGCCUAUGUCCUGACUGAGAAGAAAGCUCUACACAUGAGAGCUCUGAGGACAUUUAAAGAUGAUUUUGGAGUUGUGAGGAAAAAUGGUGAGGAGUGGUUGAUCACAAUGAAGGAUACAGAAACACACAUUCCAAAUGUGUAUGAAGAGGUGGUUGGCGUUGUGAACAUCACCACUUUGAACAAUCGUCAGUAUUGUGUGAUCUUGGAUCCUGUAGAUGUCCAUGGAAAGCCACAGUUGGGACAGAAAAAGUUGGUUAAGGGUGAAAGAUCUUUCUUUUUGAUGCCUGGUGAGAAACUAGAAAAGGGAAUCCAGAAUGUUUACAUUAUGGGAGAAGAUGAAGGUUUAAUUCUCAGAGCAAAUGAAACAUUUACUGAUGGGGAUACUAUUAGGUCACCUGGUGACAGAUGGAUGAUUCGUGGUCCUAAAGAGUAUGUCCCUCCAGUGGAGGUUGAAGUAGUCCUGAAGAGACAGGCCAUUCCGUUAGAUGAAAAUGAAGGCAUAUAUGUCAGAGACAUCAAAACUGGCAAGGUCAGGGCCAUUCAAGGAGAAACAUAUAUGAUUAAUCAAGAUGAAGAGCUCUGGGCUAAAGAAUUGCCACCAACAGUUGAAGCCCUGCUCUCCAUAGAUCCUGUAGCUGAUAGAAGUGAAAGAAAAAGUGAAGGAAGCCCAAAAGUUCGUGACAAAACAAGAGUAGUUUCAUACAGAGUACCCCACAAUGCAGCAGUUCAAAUUUAUGACUACAAAGAAAAGAAAGCCAGAGUUAUUUUUGGACCAGAAUUAGUUAUGCUUGGUCCUGAUGAACAGUUUACUCAACUCAGUUUGUCUGGUGGCAAACCCAAGAAACCCAAUGUGAUCAAAUCUUUGUGCCUUUUGCUGGGGCCAGACUUUUGUACUGAUAUUAUUGUAGUGGAGACAGCUGACCAUGCCAGAUUGUCACUUCAACUUUCUUAUAAUUGGCAUUUUGAAUGCGGUGACAGAUCACCAACAGAAGCAGCUAAGUUGUUCAGUGUCCCAGACUUCACUGGAGAUUCAUGUAAAGCCAUUGCUUCUAGAGUGCGAGGUGCAGUAGCUCAGGUUCAGUUUGAUGAUUUUCACAAAAAUUCAGCCAAGAUUAUCAGAGCUUCUGUUUUUGGCCUGGAUGCCAAUGGUAAAGUGAAAGAUAAAUUCCACUUCCCUCAAAACAAUUUGGUCAUUACCAGCAUAGACAUCCAGUCUGUGGAGCCAGUAGAUCAGAGAACAAGGGAUGCUUUACAGAAGUCUGUACAGCUGGCUAUUGAGAUUACCACCAACUCACAGGAAGCUGCUGCAAGACAUGAAGCUGAACGUCUUGAACAGGAAGCUAAAGGCAGACUUGAGCGCCAGAAGAUUACUGAUGAGGCUGAGGCAGAGAAAGCCAGAAAAGAACUAUUGGAACUCCAAGCCAACAGUGCUGCUGUGGAGAGCACUGGUCAGGCUAAGGCUGAGGCUCAGAGUCGUGCCGAAGCUGCCAGAAUUGAGGGUGAAGCUGCUGUAGAGCAGGCCAGGUUGAAAUCUAUGGCUACCAAAAUAGAAGCAGAGUCAGAAUUGGAGCGCUUAACUCGAGCCAGAGAAGCAGAACUGAAGUAUGUUUCUGAACAAAACAAGAUGGAGCUGGAGAAAGUCAAUGAAAUGUCCACUAUUGAAAUCACGAAGUUCAAAGAGAUGGUCGGUGCCAUUGGUGCAAAUACUUUGCUUGCUAUGGCCACUGCUGGACCUGACAUGCAGGUUCGUAUGCUUCAAGCUCUUGGCCUGAAGUCAACUCUGAUUACGGAUGGUUCUUCUCCCAUCAACCUUUUCAAUACAGCCUCAGGUCUAAUAGGAGGACUCGUCCCUGCCAAGCGUCGACGUGACCCAGACGAUGAUGACACAGAAUAAGAUAUUCGCCAGUGACCAUGACUGGAUGUAUUAAGAACCAAUUAGAAGUGCACACAUCAUUCCCAUUUAAAUUGUGUUUGUACAUUACCUAUUCUGAAAUGUAUGCUGUUAAUGCCAGACCUUUUUUUCUUUUUUGUAGGCAUAUUUUUUUGGUAAACCUUUGUAUUUUAUUUUGCUUUCAUUUAGACAUAUAUAUAUAUAUAUAUACAUAUUAUAUAUAUAUAUUUAUAUAUAUAUAUAUGUCUGUGUGUGUGUAAUUUGUGAUAUUGUGAUAAUAUGCAACUGCCAUUUACAACUGUUACUCUAUAAGUGAUAAAGCUUGUUAUAAAAUGGGUAUGAUGUUCAUUUAUAUGUUGUAAAUUUUAUUUUUUUAUUUUUUAAUAUAAGUUUAUCUUCAAUGUUAUGAAGUAUCACUGUUUUUCUUUAGAGAACUUUUUUUUGUAGAGCUUAUAUUUAAUGAUUGAAAUGAUUUAAUGAUUGAAAGUAGAAUCAUUAGAAUUCAUCUCUUUUGUGAUUGAUGUUAUCUAAAUUAUGGAAUCACUGUAGAUUCUAUUUUGGAUAAAAAUCUUACAUUACAUUAAAUAUAAUUUGAUAACA